CUACGUCCAUUUGUGUGUUCUCUAGUAGCAAUUUGAUGGAUUCGAUGUUCCUACUAAGCUCCUUUGGUAAAUGUUUGAAGAGAAAAGAAAUGAAUUCCUUGGAGAUAUGUAGUUGUCUUGUGCACUUGAUGGUUCGAGAUAUUGUUUCACAGUCCGCGCAAGCCGUUUCUCUACAAAUAAUUACCCAGACUUGGGCAACCAACUCCGCCAAUUGGACAUUUUGUAUGGAGUCCUUCUCGGGAAGCUUAUCCGAAAUGCUUUCUAAGCAAUAACAGAGCUU